UUUUUAGCGUCGGAAGGGCAGCCCUAGUGGGAGAGAGAAAAAGGAUCCGGCAGCGGCUCUUACGCGUCCCGGGGUUGCUAGCCACUCUCUCGGCCGGUAACGCGGUGCUUUACGGCUGCCGUCAAGCGCGGCGCUGGGCCGGCGGGCGGGGGCCGAGGGGCUGCCAUGGCGGCGGCGGGCCGGCUGCCGAGCUCCUGGGCGCUCCUGUCGCCGCUCCUCACGGGGCUUGCACUACUGGGAGUCGGGCCGGUCCCAGCGCGGGCGCUGCACAACGUCACGGCCGAGCUCUUUGGGGCCGAGGCCUGGGGCACCCUUGCGGCUUUCGGGGACCUCAACUCCGACAAGCAGACGGACCUCUUCGUGCUGCGGGAAAGAAAUGACUUAAUCGUCUUUUUGGCAGACCAGAAUGCACCCUAUUUUAAACCUAAAGUAAAGGUAUCUUUCAAGAAUCACAGUGCAUUGAUAACAAGUGUAGUCCCUGGGGAUUAUGAUGGAGAUUCUCAAAUGGAUGUCCUUCUGACAUAUCUUCCCAAAAAUUAUGCCAAGAGUGAAUUAGGAGCUGUUAUCUUCUGGGGACAAAAUCAAACGUUAGAUCCUAACAAUAUGACCAUACUCAAUAGGACUUUUCAAGAUGAGCCACUAAUUAUGGAUUUCAAUGGUGAUCUAAUUCCUGAUAUUUUUGGUAUCACAAAUGAAUCCAACCAGCCACAGAUACUAUUAGGAGGGAAUUUAUCAUGGCAUCCAGCAUUGACCACUACAAGUAAAAUGCGAAUUCCACAUUCUCAUGCAUUUAUUGAUCUGACUGAAGAUUUUACAGCAGAUUUAUUCCUGACGACAUUGAAUGCCACCUCUAGUACCUUCCAGUUUGAGAUAUGGGAAAAUUUGGAUGGAAACUUCUCUGUCAGUACUAUAUUGGAAAAACCUCAAAAUAUGAUGGUGGUUGGACAGUCAGCAUUUGCAGACUUUGAUGGAGAUGGACACAUGGAUCAUUUACUGCCAGGCUGUGAAGAUAAAAAUUGCCAAAAGAGUACCAUCUACUUAAUGAGAUCUGGGACAAAGCAGUGGGUUCCAGUCCUACAAGAUUUCAGUAAUAAGGGCACACUCUGGGGCUUUGUGCCGUUUGUGGAUGAACAGCAACCAACUGAAAUACCAAUUCCAAUUACCCUUCAUAUUGGAGACUACAAUAUGGAUGGCUAUCCAGAUGCUCUGGUCAUACUAAAGAACACAUCUGGAAGCAACCAGCAGGCCUUUUUACUGGAGAACGUCCCUUGUAAUAAUGCAAGCUGUGAAGAGGCGCGUCGAAUGUUCAAAGUCUACUGGGAGCUGACAGACCUAAAUCAAAUUAAGGAUGCCAUGGUUGCCACCUUCUUUGACAUUUACGAAGAUGGAAUCUUGGACAUUGUAGUGCUAAGUAAAGGAUAUACAAAGAAUGAUUUUGCCAUCCAUACACUAAAAAAUAACUUUGAAGCAGAUGCUUAUUUUGUUAAAGUUAUUGUUCUUAGUGGUCUGUGUUCUAAUGACUGUCCUCGUAAGAUAACACCCUUUGGAGUGAAUCAACCUGGACCUUAUAUCAUGUAUACAACUGUUGAUGCAAAUGGGUAUCUGAAAAAUGGAUCAGCUGGUCAACUCAGCCAAUCUGCACAUUUAGCUCUCCAACUACCAUACAACGUGCUUGGUUUAGGUCGGAGCGCAAAUUUUCUUGACCAUCUGUAUGUUGGUAUUCCCCGUCCAUCUGGAGAAAAAUCUAUACGAAAACAAGAGUGGACUGCAAUCAUUCCAAAUUCCCAGCUAAUUGUCAUUCCAUACCCUCACAAUGUCCCUCGAAGUUGGAGUGCCAAACUAUAUCUUACACCAAGUAACAUUGUUCUGCUUACUGCCAUAGCUCUCAUCGGUGUCUGUGUUUUCAUCUUGGCAAUAAUUGGCAUUUUACAUUGGCAGGAAAAGAAAGCAGAUGAUAGAGAAAAACGACAAGAAGCCCACCGGUUUCAUUUUGAUGCUAUGUGACUUGCCUUUAAUGUUACAUAAUGGAAUGGCUGUUCACUUGAUUAGUUGAAACACAAAUUCUGGCUUAAAAAAUAGGGGAGAUUAAAUAUUAUUUAUAAAUGAUGUAUCCCAUGGUAAUUAUUGGAAAGUAUUCAAAUAAAUAUGGUUUGAAUAUGUCACAAGGUCCUUUUUUUUUUUUUUAAAGCACUUUGUAUAUAAAAAGUUUGGGUUCUUUAUUCCGUAGUGCUGUACAUUUCUGUUCCUUUGUGGAAUGUGUUGCAUGUACUCCCGUGUUUGUGUAUUUAUAAUCUUAUUAGUGUCAUGAUGAUGGAAAAAGAUGUGUGUAAAUAAAAAUAAUUAAAUGAGCAGGAA